AUGGGUGUCACCAAGACUACCAUCAAGUCCGGCAGUGGCGACCAGCCCACCAAGGGCGACACCGUCACCAUUGAGUAUACCGGAUGGCUCAAGGACACAUCCAAGCCCGACUCCAAGGGAAACAAGUUCGAUUCGUCCGUCGGCCGUGGCGACUUUGUCGUCAAGAUUGGCGUUGGCCAGGUCAUCAAGGGCUGGGAUGAGGGCGUCACACAGAUGCAGGUGGGCGAGAAGGCCACGCUCGACAUCAGCGCCGACUUUGGCUAUGGUGCCCGCGGAUUCCCCGGACACAUUCCCCCAAACUCCGAUCUGAUCUUUGACGUAGAGCUCAAGAACGUCAGGCGCUAA